AUGGAGAGUCUCAAAGAAUCGCACUCACCACCAACAGGAUCAGAGGAAGGACUUGACCCAACAGUCCCUGAAAUUCAAGAGCCUGAUCCAAGUGUGGCGACGAAAAGGAUACUGAGGAGAACCCCGCGAAGUUGGUCACUGAGGGAGGUGGCAUCAGAACAUUUCGAACAGACAUCAAUCUCGCAAGCUUCGUCAACAGCUUCGACGGAAAAUUUGGCUGAAAAUUCGACAACUGAUGAGGCAGUCCAUUCCAAAGUCGAGCCAACUGAGGACGAAAGCACGGAUGCUUUGCCAGCGAACAGUUGGAAACGACAGGUCUAUCCCUUGCGCUCAACCAUGAGUAAUGGGUCUACCCAAGAAUCAAAAGACGUUCCAUCUCAAAGCGAAAUAGGCCUCACAAAUGGGGCAGCCUCAAACUAUAUCAAGGAGAACAGAGAAGCUUCUCAGGAAGGCGCUGCAUGGGACGGGCAAAUGUGGCCGAUGAAGCAAUUCAUCAGCGAGCAAGCUCGACUAUCGCCUUCAGGAAAAGUGCUAGGCAGUGAGAUAGAUCAUGCAACUAACACACUUGCGCUACAAGUCGUCAAGAAUGUCCAAGCUAGUGAAGAAGGCACGUCGUUUCAACGACAAGCAUACCCUCUACAGGUACCUGUAGCUAGCCUACUAUCACCACCCUCAUCAGAGGCCGGCCCAGAGAGCACUAACAAGACCUCAACACCACAACUCUCCGGACACGCCCACUCAGCCGAACAUAAUAAAUUGCUAAAACGACCAGCAUACCCUUUGCAAACUGCCGCUAGUAUAACCAGUCUAAGGCUCUCGCCAACCCCGCCAGCAUCGCCAGAUAGAGAACAUGCUGAUGCAACCAGAGCGGUGGCCAGUGAAACUCAGGAGGCUAAAAAGGUCCUGAGAAAGGUUCGGACUCUCCGUCGUGAUGCAUACCCCCUACAGUCACCAGCAAGCGUGCUGAACUUGAAGGAACAAGCACAAUCGCAACCAUCAGUUACAGAGGACGACCCAACACCAGACGCUGGACUGGCGUCGACGAGUCUGCAGCCAUUCAAGACGCGCAACGAAGCCAAGCCACAGCGCCGUCAGGGUUAUCCAUUGCAGUCACCAGCGAGUCUAAUGAACUUGAAAGAUGCAACAGCCCAGGAAGCAUCAGCGGCAGAGGUCAGCGCAGGCCAACUACAUGAUCAACCUUUGGAUGACGUCCGGAAACAUACCCAGACUUCCAACACCACCGGUUCUUUCCGUCGUCAAAUCUAUCCUUUACAGUCGGCAGCAAGCAUGGCAAACCUCAAGAGGUCAUCGACGCCGCCCCCACCAGCGGAAGAGUACCGCUCAAAAGAUACCUAUGGAGAACCUGUGAUCAACCAUGCAGAGGGAAAACGAACUACCGAUGGAUCAACUCCAGUCCCUCGCCAGUUCUAUCCCUUGCAAACAUCAGCUAGCAUCCCAUGUCUGCGGCUUCCACCAUCACCAUCUCCUUCACCCCCGCCGUCAGCAGAAACGGAGCCGCAGGACAAAAAUCAACUGUAUGCUCCCUCGUCCCGAGAUAGAGAAAUUGCAUCCAAGGUGAUCAAGCACUGGCGUCGCCAAGUAUAUCCAUUGCAAUCAUUUGAUAACGUAUCACUCUUCAAUCGACCACCUACACCACAACCCUCAGAACCUGAAGCAAAGGGGGAGCAUGACGUGGAGCCAAUUCAACUUCCAAAGAACAUCCGAGCUGUAAAAGACGCAGAGGCGCAUGAGUCUAAAGGUCGUACCAUCAUUGUAUGUCUGGAUGGGACUGGUGAUAAAUUCGACAAUGACAACAGCAACAUUGUUCACCUGAUCAGCGCCCUCAAGAAAGAUGAUCCAUGUCAAGUGUCUUACUACCAAGCCGGAAUAGGGACCUAUAGCAAAGGCGGGCUCAGUUCUGGUGUCUCCGCCGCACUGGACAUGGCAGUCGGAUCAGAACUUGGACUACACGUGCGAGAUGCAUACCAGUUCUUGAUGCACAGCUAUAAAGAAGGUGACAAAAUCUGCAUCUUCGGCUUUUCACGAGGAGCGUAUACUGCCCGGUGUUUAGCGGGCAUGGUUCACAAGGUCGGCCUCUUGCCUCCUCGGAAUAUUGAGCAGAUUGCCUUCGCCUACGAGUUCUAUGCGAAUGAUACGCCCGAAGGCUGGGAUCAAAGUGAGGAUUUUAAGGCGACAUUCUGCAUCGAUGUUUCUGUUCACUUCAUCGGAUGCUUCGACAGCGUGGCUAGUGUGGGCUUAAUCCCCCGGCAGUUGCCAUUGAGUUCGACGCCAAACAAUAAGGCUCGCUAUUUUAGGCACGCAAUGGCGCUGGAUGAGCGGCGAGCUAAGUUCAAGGUCUGCCGCCAUCAACACAAAGCCUUGGAUGACACACAGCAAGCCGAAACCGCAUUCGGCAUCUCCACAAACCAGAAUGAUGCGCCUCCAUGGGCUUCACGCGCAAGAUACGGAGAAGAUUACCAUCCUAACGUUACUGACGAGGAGUUUGAAAGACUAGCAGAAGCGGAAGAGACAUUCGACACCGACGUCCUCGAAGUGUGGUUCGCAGGCGCCCACGCUGACGUUGGUGGAGGCGCAGUGGCGAAUGUCGAACGGCAUAAACUAGCCCAGAUCCCAUUGCGGUGGAUGAUUCGACAAGCCUUCGAGUGCAACACCGGCAUCAUCUUCAAGACCAAGAAGCUUGCUGAAUUCGGCCUCGACGUACACACGCUAUGGCCCAAGUACAGAAAACUCAAUGUCCCAGUCCACGGUCCCCCACCCUCCUUCCUCGAGAAAUACGACAAGUGUCUCCCACCGAAAUCCAUUCGGCGCUCCAAGCUGGUUUCCAUCGACAAGGUCGAAAAUGGGGAACAGUUCUACCACCUGAAGAGCCAAAACGACGAAGACUGGACAUCAGAGCAAGUUGAGGACUUCUACGACGCCAUGUCAUCCCUGAACGAUCAGCUGGUGCAGGCUCCACGCUGGUGGAUCUUGGAGGUUUGGCCGGUCCAGUACAAGGUUCCUAUCGCACCCGGUGAGGUCCAGUUCAGAACUGGCAUGAACCUCGGACGGUAUCGUGGGGUUGAUGACUUUGAACCGAACAUACAUUGGACCGUUCUGCAUCGCGAGCAGCAUAUACCAUACAGGAUCCAAGCGAGGACGGCGGCACACACUAAGUGGCGUGUUGUGACAUAG